AUGGGGAGGUCAACGAGGCUGAGGCUGUGGCUAUCUAUGGAGGCGCUGACGAUCAAGCACAUGAUCGAGGACGACUGUGCCGACACUGUCAUUCCUUUGCCCAAUGUGACGAGUAGAAUUUUGUCGAAGGUCAUUGAAUACUGCAAGAAGCACGUCGAGGUCCCGAAAUCUAAGGAUCCUGUCACCCGCUUUGCUCUCGAGACUUUUGAUGCCGAGUUUCCGAAGGUUGAGCUGGACACACUCUUUGAUCCGAUUAUGCAGCAAAUAUGAUCAAGGAGAAAACUCCAGUGGAGAUUCGCAGCACAUUCAACAUCGCGAAUGACUUUACACCAGAGGAGGAAGAGGAGGUCCGCACUGAACCAAUGGACCUUUGAAUGAUGUUCGAUGUUGUGGAGUUGGUCAUUUCAAUCACAGGGUUAAUUAUCCCAAGCUUGUAAUUAGGUCCUUUGGGUAGGUUGAGUGGUCAUUCUAG